GCCUUGUGCGGAGAGGUCCAAGGGCCGCCUCCGCGCACCGUCACAGCCCCUGGAGCGGAGCGGGUUCAAUUUCGGAGCGGAGCGCGGCCCAGCAAUUUCGGCUUCGCCCGCCUUGGGGAAACGCCAGGCAAGGGCUGCGGCCCGCCCGCCCGCUGAAACGUGACCGUCGACGAACCUUCCCUCCGGGGCCGCUUUUCCACCCUCGCCGGAAGUCGCGCUGCGCCGCUCUUUCCCCGCCUCGCUGGCCUUCCGCUCGACCCAUCCGGCGGCGCGCAGGCGCCUGGCGAGCCGGGCUCGGAGCGCUGGGGCGAUGGGGACGGUGCACGCGCGGAGUCUGGAGCCACUUCCGGUGAGCGGGCCCGAUUUUGGUGCUUUAGGAGAAGAAGCUGAACUAAUUGAAGUUGAACCAGAAGCCAAACAGGAAAUUUUGGAAAAUAAAAAUGUUGUGGUUCAACAUGUACACUUCGAUGGACUUGAAAGGACUAAGGACGAUAUUAUCAUGUAUGAAAUUUGCGAUGUUUUCAAGGCAAAAAAUCUCAUUGAUGUUAUGAGGAAAUCGCAUGAAGCUCGUGAAAAGCUGCUCCGUCUAGGAAUUUUUAGACAGGUGGAAGUUCUAAUUGAUACAUGUCAAGGAGAUGAUGCUCUUCCAAAUGGCUUGGAUGUAACUUUUGAAGUAAUGGAGCUGAGAAGAUUAACUGGAAGCUAUAACACGAUGGUUGGCAAUAAUGAAGGGAGCAUGGUACUUGGUCUCAAGCUCCCUAAUAUCUUUGGACGUGCUGAGAAGGUGACAUUUCAGUUUUCUUACGGUACAAAGGAAACAUCGUAUGGCCUGUCUUUCUUUAAACCUCAGCCUGGGCACUUUGAAAGAAAUGUUUCUCUCAAUCUGUAUAAAGUAACUGGGCAGUUCCCAUGGAGUUCUCUUCGUGAAACUGACAGAGGAAUAUCAACAGAAAUUAAUUUUCCAAUACUGAAGACUAACCAUGCGCUAAAAUGGGAAGGUGUUUGGAGAGAGCUUGGCUGUCUUGCCAGAACGGCAUCAUUUUCUGUUCGAGAGGAGAGCGGACACUCACUCAAGUCUUCUGUCUCUCAUGCCAUGGUGGUUGAUUCUCGAAAAUCCUCCAUCUUGCCCAGACAAGGUGCUUUGCUGAAAAUAAAUCAGGAGCUGGCCGGUUACACAGGUGGCAAUGUGAGCUUUCUCAAAGAAGACUUUGAAGUGCAGUUGAAUAGGCCAUUUCUGUGGGAUUCAGUUUUCUCAGCUUCUCUCUGGGGUGGAAUGUUGGUUCCUAUUGGAGACAAACCAUCCAGCAUCGCUGACAGAUUUUACCUCGGUGGACCAACAAGUGUGCGUGGAUUCAAUAUGUACAGCAUUGGACCUCAGAGUGAAGGUGACUACCUAGGAGGUGAAGCUUACUGGGCUGGUGGUCUACAUUUGUAUACACCUCUCCCUUUCCGUCCUGGUCAUGGAGGAUUUGGAGAUCUUUUUCGAACACACUUUUUCCUUAAUGCUGGUAACCUUUGCAACCUUAACUAUGGAGAAGGUCCUAAAGCCCAUCUUCGUAAGCUGGCAGAAUGUAUCCGGUGGUCUUACGGUGCUGGAAUAGUUCUCAGGCUUGGAAACAUCGCUCGGUUGGAGCUCAACUAUUGUAUCCCUAUGGGGGUUCAAAGUGGAGACAGGAUAUGUGAUGGAAUUCAGUUUGGAGCUGGAAUAAGAUUCCUGUAAUGACAGAGUGACUUCACAGCGUGGUCCCAACAGCUGUUGGAUUCAAAUGUGGCAGCGCAGUUUCAAAGAGGCUUUCAGCAUAAUACAAGUGUCUGUGUUUCUUUCAAUAAAGUAAACUGCAUAAAAGAA